GUCAUUAUGAACACUUGUUGUAGCGUGCCAGACUUGGAGGCAGAGGCCCUCGUUCGAGCGCUAUCUCUAUUAGAUAUUGAAGAAGUCGGAAGAUCACGCAAAGGAAAGUCACGGGAGGGCUCGGAUGCCUGCUUGACGGACGAAGAAAUUGCGUUCAACCUUCAGGCAGAAGACUUGAAAGCGUCCUUAGCUGAACUUCAAGACCGUAGAUUUGCACUGAGCCUCGAUAGAGCACUUCAAACCGACACUGCGGCUCUCAGCGCGUUGUCCCUCAUCAACCAAGGGGAACAAGAUGAUCAUAUUUCUGCUCUUGCCCUUGAGAGAGGCGAUGAUGUACCAACCCCUACUCACUCACAAGAAGAGCUUGAAUGGACUAGAUUUCCGUUUGAGUUCGGCUCCACUACGUCCAGUAAUAGUGAUAUUACAGGCGUAGUCGAGCCAGACCUAGAUGAAAUGGACGACCUCGGCGAAUAUUCUCGUCUAUCGUACCAUAGGGGACAAGUUUCAGCUCGUGAUAGAAUGCCACCUUGGGUGGAGUGUGUCAUAUGCGGCGAUCCUGUCAGACGUUUGCAAAGUUUCAAUGCUCCAUGUUCUCAUUUCUAUUGUCGAGGUUGUCUUGUAAACCUUGUUGAAGCGUCUACCAGGGACGAGACACUUCACCCCGUGCGGUGCUGCCAACAGCCUCUUCCCGUUGCGAACUUCCUUCCAUUGCUUUCAUUGGACUUGCGAUCCCAUUUUCAGGACAAAUCUGCGGAGUUCGCAACUCGACCAAAUUUACGGAUUUAUUGUCCCAAUCAGAUAUGCUCGAAAUUUUUGGGUUCGUCUUCUGACCGCAGGUCUGAGUUCGCCUGCACAAGUUGUCCAACACGUGUGUGCUCGGCGUGCAAGAAUCGAGCCCACUUGUUUGAAGACUGUGCCGAAAACGCUCAGACAUCAGUGGUAAAAUCCCUUGCGUCUCAAAUGGGAUGGCAAACCUGUCCGGGUUGCCAUGCUAUCGUCGAACUUUGGCAGGGGUGUUAUCACAUGACCUGCCGAUGCUCGACGCAGUUUUGUUACUUAUGCGCAGCACCGUGGAAAACUUGCGAUUGUCGGCAAUGGGACGAUCAACGCCUGUUAGAUGACGCCGAAAGACGUGUUUACAAUGAACUCGGGGCUCAGGAAGCAGCUGCGCGCCCGGAAAUUUUUGUGGACCGUGUUUACGAGAGGAUGACAGCGUUGGAGGAAAAUCACGAGUGCCUUGUGCACAGAUGGGUGUACAGGCGUGGCGGUGGAUGUUGUGAGGAAUGUCACGAUGAUUUAAGGAACUAUUUGAUGUGUUGCAGGGAUUGCCAAGUCUUGGUAUGUAGGCGGUGUUCAGUGAAUCGUCUUUGAGAACGGCGACAUUAAAGUUAUGAAGUCGAGUACAAAGCUGAUUCCUGGGUUUGGAUUUUGGGAGUGUCAAGCAGGCUGAAGAUUUUUAUAUUUCGGGUAGGGUAAAACAUUCGCAAUGGCGACUGUCAGAAAGAUGCGCCUCAAACUUCCAGGAGGUCUAACGUACUAGCAAACCUAUUAAUAAUAUUGGAUGGGGUUCUGCUUCAAUUUGUUAUUUGAUUUGUCAGCUCGUUCUAACAUUCUUUUCGGCCCGCCGUCGUAUAAUUAUCUCUCCG